AUGCCUUCGCAAUUCUUAGUUUUCUACAGAUUACUUCGCAAUAUAUUAACAAUAUUUUAUCAAUUAGGGACUGAGAAAUCAUCAGUAAAGACUAUGGAUACAGGUCGCGGUGAUUCUUUUACAUCCAGAAGAAAAACUGGGCCACCAGAGCCAGAUUCUGUUAAUGUUUACGAAGAUACUGAUGUAAAUAAAGUUGCUUACGAGGAAGUGAUGGCAGGUUCAACAUUGCUAAGACUUGCAUACGAAUUACAUGAAGUUUUCUACGAUCAAACUAAAACUCAACAUUCUAAAUCACUUGAUGUAAAAUACCAUGUAUUUGGAUUGGCUCGAAAUCAGGUCGGCCCGUGGAUUAUGCGAGCUAAUCAAGAUUGUCCUAGUAACGCAUCUAAUGUUAUUGAUCUAGCAGUCCACAGUACAUCAGAUAAAUACGAGAGUAAUAACUGUUUUAUAUUAAAUGUUAUACAUCAAAAACGAUAUUUAGCACAAAUUUAUGCUAAAUCGUAA